CCCUCCUCCGCACAUCAUACAAGUCAGACCCUGUCAAACGUCAAAAUGUCUGAAAUCUACCGUGCCAGCACCACCGCGCCCGUAAACAUCGCCGUCAUCAAGUACUGGGGCAAGCGCGACCCCAAGCUCAACCUCCCCACCAACUCCUCCCUCAGCGUCACCCUCUCACAGAACGACCUGCGCACCCACACCACCGCUUCCUGCUCCUCCUCCUACCCCGCGGAGGACUCGCUGCUGCUCAAUGGCAAGCCCCAAGAUGUAUCUGGCGCGCGAACACAAGCCUGCUUCCGCGAGCUCAGGGCUCUGAGGAAGGAGGUUGAGGCUAGGGACUCGAAAGCAUCCAAGCUCGCAGAUCUGCCGCUCAAGAUCGUGUCUGAGAACAACUUCCCUACUGCUGCUGGACUGGCUAGCAGCGCGGCUGGCUUCGCGGCGCUCGUGCGCGCAAUUGCGAACCUCUACGAGCUGCCCGCAGAUCCCACCGAGCUCUCGCGCAUCGCUCGUCAAGGCUCUGGCUCAGCGUGCAGAAGUCUGUUUGGCGGAUAUGUAGGCUGGGAACAGGGUUCCUCAGCCGACGGCUCGGACAGCAAGGCAUUUGAAGUCGCGCCCGCAUCCCACUGGCCGAACAUGCGCGCCGUCAUCCUGGUUGUCAGUGCCGCGAAGAAGGAUGUCUCGAGCACAUCUGGUAUGCAGACCACGGUUGCCACAUCCUCCUUGUUCGCGUCGAGGGCGAGCGAGACUGUGCCUAGGCGCAUGAAGGAGAUGCAAGAUGCGAUCAAGAACAAGGACUUCGAGACUUUCGCCAAGGUCACCAUGAUGGACAGCAACUCGUUCCACGCUACUUGCUUGGACACAUACCCGCCCAUCUUCUACUUGAACGACGUCUCGAGGGCGGCGAUCAAGAUGGUUGAACAGAUCAACACGGCGGCUGGAAAAAUCAUCGCCGCCUACACCUUUGAUGCUGGUCCAAACGCUGUCAUCUACUACCUCGAGGAGAACGAGAAGGCUGUUGCUGGUGUCUUCAAGACUCUUCUGGCUGACAAGGAUGGCUGGAGUGGCGAGCGCGGUGCUGCCGUUGAGGGCAACUAUGAGGUGGCGGAGAAGGCCAACUCCGAGGCCGAGGUCGCCGUUGGUCUGCUAAAGGAGGGUGUCAGCAGGGUUAUCUUGACGGGUGUUGGCGAGGGUCCAGUAAGGACCGAAGAGGCUCUGAUUGAUGAGAAGGGCGAGCCAGUCUCAGUACUGUAUUAAGCGACGUAAAAGCAAAGCAUUAGAUACCCU